GGAGCGAUUUCAAGUUUUUAUCCCAACAUGAGUCGUCAAAUGUCUUGCGGUGGUGUUCAUCAAACAUUGCUGAUUUUGCUGAUUCUGGUUUCUUGUACUAUUGCACAAAACUACACAGGGGGAGAUGAUGGGCUUCUGAGCGUGUGUGCACUAAGCUCUGACCAAUCAGCAACUAUCGUCACAACCGAGGUCAACUACGAGAAUAUUUUCCUUAUGACGACAUCGAUAAGCAACUUGGAAUAUAACUUGAGGUUCGCAAAUCCGGAUGACCAACUUUUUAAAAGUACAGCCACUGCAUUCGAAAAUGAGAUUGUAAGUCAACUCUCUCCUUUGAUUCAGAAGCCACCCCCAUCCAGCGGUACGGUUCUCCUCGAUGCUUCAGUCAUUCUGAUGAGCCCAACUCCAAUAGGGCAGUCUACUGGAACUACCUUAGAAUGCAUCUUGAGUACAAACGAUGAUUUGAUGACAGAGUCAUUUCUAUCUUCACGGCUCAGGACGGUGGCUAUAACGUCUUCAGUGUAUCCUGGGUUCGUUUCCAGUUUGUCUAACUCAGUGAGCUACUGUCUACGUGAAGUAAUCAUGACGCAUUUUGGUACUUUGACAUGGCCUGUAACUCUAGUAGAGACAGACACAGGAACUGAAGAGCUGUGUCCAGUUGGAACCAAGUACGUUGGUGAGAGGUCACUCGGCCGACGUUCUUGCAGUCGCUCUCCAGUACCUCCUGGGCAUGCUCAGUGGGAGCCGUAUAUCUGUCUGGAUUGCGGGAAGAUCAUUCAGGUCGACGAUUCGCUGUUAGCCAUCUAUAAUGAGAUUUUGCAGAAUGGUUCCAUCGUGUUGGAUGGAGUAGACCGUGCUGGCAUCUUACUUAACGAGGUGGAAGAUAUCACAGAGUCUGGCAUGGACUCAGUGGCAUUUAUCCUGGAGUAUGUGGCUGAGCUGAACGUCAUCAGUACACAGCUCCUGGAUGCAGUCCUACGGUUGCUAAGCAACCUCUUACAACAAGACGCCGAAAUCUUCAGGUUAGCAGAGAAACAAUCCAGCAGCUCCACGCGUAUCGUCCAAUCACUCCGCACCAUCCUAGUAAACACUGCCCUCGCUGGGUCAGCCGUCGAGUACGUGUCAGUUCAUCAAAACAUCGCGGCGUCACUGCUGGACAUUCAGCAACCUCAGAUUCAGGAUGAGUGGAUAAGUUUUGGAUCUGUGGUCGGUCCGAUCGUAGAUGCGCCGUUGACAGAGGGCAGCAUUGGUCUGUUUACAGGCAGAACGUUGUUGCUCUUGCCUAACAGUGAGGCGUACGUCCACAUCAAGGUAGAGGGACCGGUUAUUACAGAUUCAACCAAUGUGCGGACAAUGUUCGUCAUCUACCACAAUGGAAAGCUCUUUCAGUCCGUAAAUGCUGACGUAACAACAACGACAGCGACGUCCACCAUCAAUGGUCGUGUUGUAACGGCAGACAUUAGAGCAACUCAAUCUCCUCAGGUGACUGUUAUUACAAGAUUCAAACCGCUGGAUCCUCAAGUGACCAAUGUGGGAUGCCGUUCUUGGGACCAAAGUCUAAACAACGGUCAUGGUGAUUGGUCAGGACUCACCUGCAUGCUGAAUAGCACAGAGACCAUCGACAGGGUCAAAUGUCAUUGUGACCAGCUGGCUGCUUUUACCAUCUUUGCUGAUUCUGAUGAUAGCGGAACAGCUGGUGCCAAAGGUGUGAGCGUUAUUGUCCGGGUUGGUGCCGUCAUCUGCAUAAUAUGUCUUCUAGCUGCGGCUAUCCUCUUUCUUAUUUUCAAGGAGUUCAGAAGUCGCCGUGAGCUACAGAUCCUCUGUUGUCUUUUCUUGACCCUUGCCGCCUUCUACUUGAUUCUAGCAGUAGGGAUCGAUCAGAGCGGUGCAGGUUGCAUCAUCGUUGGGUCUCUUCUGCAUUACUGUCUGCUUGCAGCGGUAGAAUGGAUGGGUAUUGCUUGGGUUCAUCUCUACGAUCUGUCCAGGAGGAAACCGUGGGUGAUAACGUGGUUUAUGGUCAAGGUGUCUGGAGUAGUAUGGGGUUUCCCGUUUCUCUUUGUAAUCAUCACAGUUGCUGUCAAUCCAAACCAUUACAUCACACCAACUCAAAGAUGUUUUUUAUCAUCGGAUCCCAUCUACAAUCUCAUCCUGACGGUGAUUCUUCCCAUCCUGGCCAUGCUCAUUGCAAUGGGCGUGGCCUUUGGCUUCACAGCUCGCAAUGUCAUCCUCGACGAUGAGGCAAAACCAAACAUUGAGGAGGAGGAGGAAGAAGGUGCCAAAGCGGCAUCCAAAUUCUGGAAAUUGUGGAAGUUAUAUAUUUUUUACUCGACGGCCAUCGUUGUGAUCAUCUUGACGUUGGUCUUCUUUAUCAUCAUGGUGAAUAGCUCUUCCAACGGGGCUGAGUACAUCUUCGGUCUUCUUGCUAUCGUCAAAGGCAUCCUUAUCAUCGUGAUAUUCUGCAUCUACCAUCGAGGGGUACGGGAUACGCUCAAGAUCAAACUGGGGUAUAUAAACGGGCCGGACAGCACUAAGUUCCAACCGUAUUGGUCGGCGUCCAAGUGGAAAUCUGGACAAGGGGUGCUUCCGGAGAAUGAUGUAGAAGAAGAGGACAACAACACCAAGAAGCUGUAUUUGGAUAAUACGCAGGCAUCGGGGACGUUGACCAAUCAGCGGUUUAAACCAAACUCUGUUCCGCUCUCCUCGAUGGAGAUGCAGAGGAUGGGGCAGAAUGGGGUGUCGUCUCACGUCAACGGUGGGAUGGUCGUCGAGGCUGAUUUUCACACGCCCCCUGAUGCGGAUGCUAGCGUUUGAAACACACAGAAGUUUAUUUACACUAUAAGCUUAACAUGGCGAAGCAGCUUACUACAUAUCCUUAUUUCAGUUAACAUUGAAGACAGUUUGGAGAAGAGAGAGCGGUUCUUGUGCUUAGCGAGUUUUAGAACUCGGGCAUAAACAAGCACAAAUGAUACAGUUCACAGGACCCAUUUUCUUAAAGCAGAUCAUUUUGAUUUAGCAAACACAUUUCUGCUAAGUAAAAAUUAGCAGGGAACCAGUCGCAAACAAUAAAAAUUACUCUGUGUUUUCGAUGGUAAGCUGUUUCCGCUAAACGAGAUUUAUCUGUGCUAAGCCAUUUCUUGUGCUUAACAACAGAUACAGCACACUGUUGCAUCUCUGUCGUUAAAUUUACCCAUACAUUACAACCACAUAAUAUAUGAUUUAAUUGCAUCAGAGAAAUACAAGCAAAGUUGUUUUGGUUUUAAAAUUCAUAAAAGUUGUCGCUCCUUCUUUCCCGGUCUUAAAAAAAAAAGAGAUAUCACGAGGCCGAAUGUCCACUACAAGGUGAGGGCUUCACUUAACUGAUUUGGGCUGUUGACCCAGAUCACCAGGGGCUCGUUGCCACCCACUCCUGGGGCUGAAACAAAGUUACUCCCUUGACAGUCCUUAAGGACUAGACAUGGGUAUCGUCCACUAGGAGUCGGCAGGUAGAACAGAAUGCAAUACUUUCCCAUCUUUAUAUGAAGCAAUAAUGGUCGGGCACCUUGCUCAAAGGCACAAGUGUCAAGACCAGGUAUUGAACCCACACUCUA